GAUGGGAAAGCUGAGACCCAGAGAGGGUUAGCUGUCUCUUGGACACUUGGUCAGUAGAAAAAUCCAGUUUCAUCCUUCAAAAUUCAAUGGCCCAGCAGAGAAGGCGGCCAGGCCUCCGGACACUGUUGAAACUUCAGCUGUGCUGACAUGGAGUCAGGUAGACUGAAAUUACCAUGUGUCCAAAUUAAAAUUGCAUACUUCAAGGAUUAUUUGAAGGACUAUUCUUAGACCCUUUUAAGAAGAUUUAAAGAAAAGGUGCUGGGCCCCUGCGGCCAUGGACGUGAAGGAGAGGAAGCCCUACCGCUCGCUGACCCGGCGCCGUGAUGCUGCUGAGCGUCGUCACACUGGCUCGUCAGCCGACAGUGAGGAGGCCAAGGCUCCGCACAAGUCCUACAGCUCCAGCGAGACACUCAAGGCCUAUGACCAAGAUGCACGUCUUGCGUACAGUGGCAGCCGUGUCCCAGAGCUGGUGCCACAUGAGGCCGAGUUUGGCCGUGCAGGAGCCAACUUCAGCCUGCGGGAGCUGGGACUGGGUGAGGUGACACCCCCUCACGGCAGCUUGUACCGCACGGACAUGGGCAUCCCCCAUUGUGGCUAUGCCCUGGGCACCAGCCCUGAUGCUGAACUGUCCCCAGAGCACUCUGCACGCCUGUGGGGCCGCAGUGCGAGGUCGGGGCGCAGCUCCUGCUUAUCUAGCCGGGCCAACUCGAACCUCACAUUGACUGACACGGAGCAUGAGAACACCGAGACAGGUGCUCCCCUGCAUGGUUCCUCCGCGUCAUCCACCCCCGUUGAGCCGUCCCCCUCCCCGCCCCCCUCCCCGCCGGCCAAUGAGAGCCGGAGGCGGUUGCUAGGCAGCGCCGUGGCCCCGCCCACCGCGGACUCCGACUCGGAGGACGAGUUUGUCCCUAAUUCAUUCUUAGUUAGAAGUGGCUCUGCCAGCCCCGGGGGCGCGGCGAACGAUCACCCCAGUGGCCUGCAGAACCACCCCCGGCUCCGGACACCACCGCUCCCACAUGCGCACACACCAAGCCAGCACCAUGCAGCCUCCGUCAGCUCCCUGAACCGUGGCAACUUUACACCCAGGAGCAACCCCAGUCCAGCACCAACUGACCACUCGCUGUCUGCAGAGCCCCCCUCUGUUGCCGUGCAGGAGCCAACCCACACCCAGGACAACUGGCUACUCAACAGCAACAUCCCCCUGGAGACCAGGCACUUCCUCUUCAAGCCAGGGGGCACCUCACCACUUUUCUGCACCACAUCACCUGGGUACCCCCUGACUUCCAGCACCGUGUACUCCCCUCCACCCCGGCCCCUGCCUCGCAGCACCUUCUCGCGGCCAGCCUUCAGCCUCAAGAAGCCGUCCAAGUAUUGUAACUGGAAGUGUGCGGCCCUGAGCGCCAUCGUCAUCUCGGCCAGCCUGCUGGUCCUACUGGCCUACUUUGUGGCCAUGCACCUGUUUGCCCUGAACUGGCACCUGCAGCCGAUGGAAGGGCAGAUGUAUGAGAUCACGGAGGACACAGCCAGCAGUUGGCCUGUGCCAACGGACGUCUCCCUAUAUCCCUCAGGGGGCACUGGCUUAGAGAGCCCUGACAGGCCAGGCAAAGGAACCGCAGAAGGCAAACCAAGUAGUUUCUUUCCAGAGGACAGUUUUAUAGACUCUGGCGAGAUCGAUGUGGGGAGACGGGCUUCUCAGAAGAUUCCUCCUGGCACCUUCUGGAGAUCUCAGGUCUUUAUUGACCACCCUGUGCACCUGAAAUUCAAUGUAUCUCUGGGAAAGGCUGCUCUCGUUGGCAUUUAUGGUCGAAAAGGUCUUCCACCUUCACAUACACAGUUUGACUUUGUGGAGCUGCUGGAUGGAAGGAGACUGCUGAGCCCAGAAGCACGGAGUCUGGAGGGUCCCCAGCGUCAGUCCCGGGGAGUUAUGCCUCCCUCGAGCCAUGAGACCGGCUUCAUCCAAUAUCUGGAUUCAGGGACCUGGCAUCUUGCUUUUUACAACGAUGGGAAGGAGUCUGAAGUGGUUUCCUUUCUCACCACUGCCAUCGAGUCGGUGGAGAACUGCCCCAGCAAUUGCUACGGCAACGGCGAUUGCAUCUCUGGGACCUGUCACUGCUUUUUGGGCUUCCUGGGACCUGACUGCGGCAGAGCCUCCUGCCCAGUGCUCUGCAGUGGUAAUGGCCAGUAUGUGAAGGGCCGGUGCCUGUGUCACAGCGGCUGGAAGGGCGCCGAGUGCGACGUGCCCACUAGCCAGUGCAUUGAUGUAGCCUGCAGUCACCAUGGCACCUGUAUUGUGGGUACCUGCAUCUGCAACCCUGGCUAUAAGGGUGAGAGCUGCGAGGAAGUGGACUGCAUGGAUCCCACAUGCUCGGGCCGAGGUGUUUGUGUGCGAGGCGAGUGCCACUGCUCUGUGGGCUGGGGAGGUGCUAACUGCGAGACCCCCAGAGCCACAUGCCUGGACCAGUGCUCAGGCCACGGAACCUUCCUCCCAGACACGGGACUAUGCAGCUGUGACCCCAGCUGGACCGGCCAUGACUGUUCCAUAGAGAUCUGUGCUGCUGACUGUGGCGGCCAUGGUGUCUGUGUUGGGGGCACCUGCCGCUGUGAAGAUGGCUGGAUGGGGGCAGCCUGCGACCAGCGGGCCUGCCAUCCACGCUGCGCCGAGCACGGAACAUGCCGAGAUGGCAAGUGUGAGUGCAGCCCUGGCUGGAACGGCGAGCACUGCACCAUCGCGCACUAUCUGGAUAGGGUAGUUAAAGAAGGUUGCCCUGGUUUGUGCAACGGGAAUGGCCGGUGUACCUUGGACCUGAAUGGGUGGCACUGUGUCUGCCAGCUGGGUUGGCGAGGAGCUGGCUGCGACACCUCCAUGGAGACAGCCUGUGGUGACAGCAAAGACAACGAUGGAGAUGGCUUGACGGACUGCCUGGACCCAGACUGCUGCCUGCAGCCGCUUUGCCACGUCAGCCCGCUGUGCCUCGGUUCCCCCGACCCGCUGGACAUCAUCCAGGAGAGCCAGGCCCCUGUGUCACAGCAGAGCCUGCACCCCUUCUACGAGCGCAUCAAGUUCCUUGUGGGCAGGGACAGCACACAUGUCACCCCUGAGGAGAACCCCUUCGAUGGAGGGCAUGCAUGUGUCAUUCGUGGUCAAGUGAUGACAUCGGAUGGGACUCCACUGGUGGGUGUGAACAUCAGCUUUGUUAAUAACCCCCUCUUCGGGUAUACCAUCAGCAGGCAAGAUGGCAGCUUCGACCUGGUCACCAACGGCGGCAUCUCCAUUGCCCUACGGUUCGAGCGGGCACCCUUCAUCACCCAGGAGCACACACUCUGGCUGCCUUGGGAUCGCUUCUUCGUCAUGGAAACCAUCAUUAUGCGACAUGAAGAGAACGAGAUUCCCAGCUGCGACCUGAGCAGCUUUGCCCGCCCCAACCCCGUCGUGUCUCCAUCCCCACUGACGUCCUUUGCCAGCUCCUGUGCAGAGAAAGGCCCCAUUGUUCCAGAAAUCCAGGCAUUGCAGGAAGAAAUCUCUAUCUCUGGCUGUAAAAUGAAGCUGAGCUAUCUGAGCAGCCGUACCCCAGGCUACAAAUCUGUCCUAAGGAUCAGCCUCACACAUCCCACCAUUCCCUUUAACCUCAUGAAGGUCCACCUUAUGGUAGCAGUCGAGGGCCGGCUCUUCAGGAAGUGGUUUGCUGCUGCACCAGACCUGUCUUACUACUUCAUCUGGGACAAGACAGAUGUCUACAACCAGAAGGUAUUCGGACUCUCAGAAGCCUUUGUUUCCGUGGGUUAUGAAUAUGAAUCCUGCCCAGAUCUGAUCCUGUGGGAAAAAAGAACAGCUGUGCUACAGGGCUAUGAACUCGAUGCUUCCAAGCUGGGAGGGUGGAGCCUGGACAAGCAUCAUGCCCUCAACAUCCAGAGCGGCAUCCUGCACAAAGGGAACGGAGAGAACCAGUUUGUGUCCCAGCAGCCCCCUGUCAUCGGGAGCACCAUGGGCAACGGGCGCCGCAGAAGCAUCUCCUGCCCCAGCUGCAACGGUCUGGCUGAUGGGAACAAGCUCCUGGCCCCAGUGGCCCUCACCUGCGGCUCCGACGGGAGCCUCUAUGUGGGCGACUUCAACUACAUCCGAAGGAUCUUCCCCUCAGGGAAUGUCACCAACAUCUUGGAGCUGAGAAAUAAAGAUUUCAGACAUAGUCACAGCCCAGCACACAAAUACUACCUGACCACUGAUCCCAUGAGUGGAGCUGUCUUCCUCUCUGACACUAACAGCCGGCGGGUCUUCAAGAUCAAGUCAACGGUGGUGGUGAAGGACCUCGUCAAGAAUGCUGAGGUGGUGGCAGGGACAGGGGACCAAUGUCUUCCCUUUGAUGACACUCGCUGUGGAGAUGGCGGGAAAGCCACUGAGGCCACACUCACCAACCCCAGGGGCAUCACAGUGGACAAGUCUGGGCUCAUCUACUUCGUGGAUGGCACCAUGAUCCGCCGCAUAGACCAGAAUGGGAUCAUCUCUACCUUGCUGGGCUCCAAUGACCUCACCUCUGCAAGGCCCCUCAGUUGUGAUUCAGUCAUGGACAUUUCUCAGGUUCGUCUGGAGUGGCCCACAGACCUAGCCAUCAGCCCAAUGGACAACUCCCUUUAUGUCCUCGAUAACAACGUGGUCCUGCAAAUCUCUGAAAACCACCAAGUACGCAUUGUUGCUGGGAGGCCCAUGCACUGCCAGGUCCCAGGCAUUGACCACUUUCUGCUAAGCAAGGUAGCCAUCCAUGCAACCUUGGAAUCAGCCACUGCAGUGGCUGUCUCUCACAAUGGGGUCCUAUACAUCGCAGAGACUGAUGAGAAGAAGAUCAACCGCAUUCGGCAGGUCACCACUAGUGGAGAGAUCUCACUGGUGGCUGGUGCUCCAAGUGGCUGUGACUGCAAAAACGAUGCCAACUGUGACUGUUUCUCUGGAGAUGAUGGUUAUGCCAAGGAUGCAAAGCUCAAUACCCCAUCCUCCCUGGCUGUGUGUGCCGAUGGUGAGCUCUAUGUGGCAGACCUUGGGAAUAUUCGAAUCCGGUUUAUCAGGAAGAACAAGCCUUUCCUCAACACCCAGAAUAUGUAUGAGCUGUCCUCACCCAUCGACCAGGAGCUUUACCUGUUUGAUACAAGUGGCAAGCACCUAUAUACCCAAAGCCUGCCCACAGGCGAUUACCUGUACAACUUCACUUACACUGGCGAUGGCGAUGUCACACUCAUCACAGACAACAAUGGCAACAUGGUGAACAUCCGUCGAGACUCAACUGGGAUGCCCCUCUGGCUGGUGGUCCCAGAUGGCCAGGUGUACUGGGUAACCAUGGGUACCAACAGCGCACUCAGGAGUGUGACCACGCAAGGACAUGAAUUGGCCAUGAUGACAUACCAUGGCAACUCGGGCCUUUUAGCAACAAAAAGCAAUGAAAAUGGAUGGACAACAUUUUAUGAGUAUGACAGCUUUGGCCGCCUGACAAAUGUCACUUUCCCUACUGGCCAGGUGAGCAGUUUCCGAAGUGACACAGACAGUUCCGUGCAUGUCCAGGUAGAAACAUCCAGCAAGGAUGAUGUCACCAUCACCACCAAUCUGUCUGCCUCGGGGGCAUUUUAUGCUCUGGUACAAGACCAGGUCCGGAACAGUUACUACAUUGGUGCUGACGGCUCCCUGCGGCUACUGCUGGCCAAUGGCAUGGAGGUGGCACUGCAGACAGAGCCCCACCUGCUGGCUGGCACAGUCAACCCCACUGUGGGCAAGAGGAAUGUCACGCUGCCCAUCGACAAUGGCCUCAACCUGGUGGAGUGGCGGCAGCGCAAGGAGCAAGCACGGGGCCAGGUCACCGUCUUCGGGCGCCGGCUGAGGGUCCACAAUCGAAACCUCCUCUCCCUGGACUUUGACCGCGUGACACGUACAGAAAAGAUCUACGAUGACCACCGCAAAUUCACCCUCCGGAUUCUGUAUGACCCAGCGGGCCGGCCCAGCCUCUGGUCCCCCAGCAGCAGGCUGAACGGAGUCAAUGUGACCUAUUCUCCUGGCGGCCACAUUGCAGGCAUCCAGCGGGGCAUCAUGUCUGAAAGAAUGGAGUAUGACCAGGCAGGCCGUAUCACCUCCAAGAUCUUCGCUGAUGGGAAGAUAUGGAGCUAUACAUACCUAGAGAAGUCCAUGGUGCUGCUUCUGCAUAGCCAGCGACAGUACAUCUUUGAGUUCGACAAAAAUGACCGCCUCUCCUCUGUCACAAUGCCCAACGUGGCCCGGCAGACACUGGAGACCAUCCGCUCCGUGGGCUACUACCGAAACAUCUACAGACCUCCUGAGGGCAAUGCCUCUGUCAUCCAGGACUACAGCGAGGAUGGACGCCUCCUGCACACCGCCUACCUGGGCACCGGCCGCAGUGUGCGUUAUAGGUACGGGAAACUGGCCAAGCUGGCCGAGCUUCUGUAUGACACCACCAAGGUGAGUUUCACCUAUGAUGAGACAGCCGGCAUGCUCAAGACUGUCAACCUGCAGAAUGAGGGCUUCACCUGCACCAUCCGCUACCGACAGAUCGGGCCCCUCAUUGACCGGCAAAUUUUCCGCUUCACCGAGGAGGGCAUGGUCAAUGCCCGCUUUGACUACAACUAUGACAACAGCUUCCGGGUGACCAGCAUGCAGGCUGUGAUCAACGAGACCCCGCUGCCCAUCGACUUGUACCGCUAUGAUGAUGUUUCAGGAAAGACCGAGCAGUUUGGCAAGUUUGGCGUCAUCUACUAUGAUAUCAACCAGAUCAUCACCACAGCUGUGAUGACGCACACCAAGCACUUUGAUGCCUACGGCCGCAUGAAGGAGGUGCAGUACGAGAUCUUCCGCUCGCUCAUGUACUGGAUGACUGUUCAAUAUGACAACAUGGGGCGUGUGGUAAAGAAGGAGCUGAAGGUGGGCCCCUAUGCCAACACCUCACGCUACGCCUAUGAGUAUGAUGCCGAUGGGCAGCUGCAGACAGUAUCCAUCAAUGAUAAGCCUCUGUGGCGCUACAGCUAUGAUCUCAAUGGCAACCUGCACCUCCUGAACCCUGGCAAUAGUGUGCGCCUCACCCCACUGCGCUACGACCUUCGCGACCGCAUCACCAGACUGGGUGACGUGCAGUACAAGGUGGAUGAGGAUGGCUUCCUUCGACAGCGUGGUGGUGACGUCUUCGAGUAUAGCUCGGCUGGCCUACUCAUCCGCGCCUACAAUCGCGCAGGUGGCUGGAGUGUCAGGUACCGCUACGAUGGCCUGGGCCGCCGCGUGUCCAGCAAGAGCAGCCACGGCCAGCACCUGCAGUUCUUCUAUGCAGACCUGAGCAACCCUACCAGGGUCACCCACCUCUACAACCACUCUAGCUCUGAGAUCACAUCCCUCUACUAUGACCUGCAGGGCCACCUGUUCGCCAUGGAGCUGAGCAGCAGUGAUGAGUUCUACAUUGCCUGUGACAACAUUGGGACCCCCCUGGCUGUCUUCAGUGGGACAGGCCUGAUGAUCAAGCAGAUCCUGUACACAGCCUAUGGGGAAAUCUACAUGGAUACCAACCCCAACUUCCAGAUAGUCAUCGGCUACCAUGGGGGUCUCUAUGACCCGCUCACUAAGCUGGUGCACAUGGGCAAGCGGGACUAUGAUGUGUUGGCUGGACGCUGGACCAGUCCAGACCAUGAAUUGUGGCAGCGUCUCAGCACUACCAACAUUGUACCCUUCAACCUCUACAUGUUCAAGAACAACAACCCCAUCAGCAACUCUCAGGACAUCAAGUGCUUCAUGACAGAUGUCAACAGCUGGCUGCUCACCUUUGGGUUCCAGCUGUACAACGUGAUUCCCGGCUACCCCAAGCCAGAUACGGAUGCUAUGGAGCCUUCCUAUGAGCUCAUCCACACCCAGAUGAAGACUCAGGAAUGGGACAACAGCAAGGCCAUCCUUGGAGUGCAGUGUGAAGUGCAGAAGCAGCUGAAGGCCUUCGUCACCCUGGAACGCUUUGACCAACUCUACGGCUCCACCAUUUCCAGCUGCCAGCAGACCCCAGAGACCAGGAUGUUUGCAUCAGGUGGCUCUGUCUUUGGCAAGGGGGUCAAGUUUGCCUUGAAGGAUGGCCGAGUGGCCACCGACAUCAUCAGUGUGGCCAACGAGGAUGGACGCCGGGUGGCCGCUGUCUUGAACAACGCCCACUACCUGGAGAACUUGCAUUUCACCAUCGAUGGCGUGGACACCCACUACUUCGUGAAGCCAGGGCCUUCGGAGGGUGACCUGGCCAUCCUGGGCCUCAGUGGGGGACGGCGGACCCUGGAGAAUGGGGUCAAUGUCACCGUGUCCCAAAUCAACACGAUGCUCAAUGGCAGGACUAGACGUUACACGGACAUCCAGCUCCAGUACGGGGCCCUGAGCCUGAACACACGCUAUGGGUCAACGCUGGACGAGGAGAAGGUGCGGGUUCUGGAGCUGGCUCGGCAGCGAGCCGUGCGCCAGGCCUGGGCCCGAGAGCAGCAGAGACUGCGGGAAGGGGAGGAAGGCCUGAGGGCCUGGACCGAGGGGGAGAAGCAGCAAGCACUGAGCACAGGGCGUGUGCAAGGCUAUGAUGGCUUCUUUGUGAUCUCCGUCGAGCAGUAUCCAGAACUAGCCGACAGCACCAACAACAUCCACUUCAUGAGACAGAGCGAGAUGGGCCGGAGGUGACAGAGAGACGCCCGACCCGGGCUCCUUGCCAAAGACAGCUGCUCCUUUGCUGUGGCAGCUGUGCUGUCCUUUCAGAAGGAGGAGGAGAGGAAAAAGAAGGAAGUCCAGUCCUUUUUUUUUUAGAAAAAUAAAAUAAUGAAAGAAGUGCAGAAAACAGAAAAGACAAAAGAAAAAGAAAAAAAAAGAUACUCUUGCAUUGUGAUAGAUGCAGAAUCUUUCUUGUUUUUGUUUUUUUUUUUUACAAACAACACAGAUUUGUCCUUCACACGAUUUUUGCAAAGAACAGAAAGAAGGUAUUUUUUUUUCCUGUAGUGUGAUCGCAGUGAAAACUCCCUUGUCUUUUGUUCCCUUUCCCCUUGAGAGUUUUUCCUUGUUGCUCGGGGCACCCUCUGUGGGGUGCCCAGUCCGUCCCUAGGUAUGAUGUGAGACACGAGUGUCUGUGCUGACUUGUCUCCUGUGCCACCCUUUUCUUCAUGGGGGACAGGCGGGAGUGAGGGGCGACUUGCCAGCUUCAAAAGGGGCAGGAGGAGGGUCUGUUGGGUGACAGUCUGGGUCCUGCUGACUUUCCACAGAGGAUGCAGGCAGCUUCAUCUUGCUCCCAGGAUCUCUACGUCACCUGUUCCACAGCAUCUUUUUUCCUCCUGAGCUGCCCCAGCUCUCUUUUUGAUGCUAAAGCCCUGGUUUUAUCUUUGAUGCUAAGUGGCCCCUACCCCCAGCCUGUCUGUGAAUCCCGUGUACUCGUCCCCGUGUGCCAUCCCUGUGCUGGGAAAGUGCUCCCGGCCACUGACAGGCCCACUCCCAGGCUGUCUGCAUCAUGGACCCCAUGAUGCUUCCUCUGCCCCUCCUCCCCUACCCCUGUCUAUGUGAGAACCAGCACCACACAACCAGCCCCUCUGCAUGGGCUCUGUUUUGGGAGGUGGCACCCUUGCCUGCCUUCUCGGGUUACACCUUCUCUUUGUUCCCCCUCCUGGGCAGGGGGGCUCUCCCCAGUGGAGCUCCUGAGCCAGCACUGAGAAAUGGGGAUGUGGAGAGAAGUGCUCAGAGCCUUGAGCUCUGGGACGUCAGCCAGAGAGAGGAAGUGGUCCAAGCUGCAUGUCCUCCCCUCCGGCCCCCUAAGGCUUCGCUGCCUUCUGGCUCCAGCUUGUGGCUGUGCAGAGGGAAAGGCUUUCAGGAAAUUUCUCCGGGGAAGUUCUCCGGAGAAGCCACCGUGCUUCCAGAGGAAUCCUAAGGAGAUAGGGAGAAAGCAUGCAUGGAGCCUGGCCCUGCAGGAUCCUGCAGUCAGGUUGAGAGGAAAGCAGCAAGGCCGGCUCAGAGUCCUGGCCCUCAGGACUCUGUGAAGAUUCAGGAGACCUCAGGUGGUCCGGCCUGCUCCACUGGCUUCCCUUUGAGCUGAGCUGCUUAGAAAAAUGGGACUUUUAUGGGUUACAUUUGCAUUAAGUGUGGAAAAUGAAUUCUAAGUCUGAGCUCUUCCCUGUGGAAACCUUGUUGGACUGAUAAGCUCAUGGCACCUUUAUAGCCUUAUUCAGAGACUUCAGAAAACUGCGCUAGUUCCUGAGCCUGAGAAGGGUUUUUCCUGCCUGCCAUGGGAGCUGUGUGCAGGUAUGGGCUCAGCUUGGCCCAUGAAGGUGGCCCAGGGCGCGGGCGUCAUGCCUUUAUUCCCCACCCAGGGCGCUAGGGUGCGUUUUGCUAAGUGCUCUUCUGGUUCCCCACAAAAAAACAACGCACUUGAUCAGGUUGGGCCUGCCCACGACUCUUGGGCUCCCACAGCAUAAGGUUAUUCCUGGGGGUGGGGACAAAAAAACAGUCUGGCAUGAAGAACACAAAUGUGGUUUUUUUUUAAAAAAAAAAAUCCAAAAUAAACUCAGUGUCUCUCGGUUUAUCUUGUUUUCGGACACUCUGGAGCAAAACUGUCUGGUGUCAUCAUGGCUCCUGACUACUCUCUGUAAGGGACAGUCCUUAGGGGUCAGAGAUGACCAUAGCCAAAGGACCCACCCUCUGACACUUCCCUCUAGCAGCUCCUUAUCAGUGUGGGCCUCUAAAGAUCAGAAGCACUGAAUCUUUGAACACUCCAGUUCUCCAAGCCAUGUCUAUUUCCUGGGCUCCCUGGGCUAGGCUGACUCAGCUCCCCAAGCUUGCAAGAAUUCUGUUGGCCAGAGAAGUAGCUCAGCUGCCGGGUUCUAAAGCUGCUCACUCUGUGCAGGUGAGGGGCUCAAUGCCUGUGCUUGGCCCACCUCCUGCCAAUACCACAGCACCAUCACAGAAAUAUGGGGGUCCAAGGCAAGAGCCGGGAGCCCUGGGAAGACCCCCUCAAAGAGGGCACCGUCCUCUCAAGGCUCUGCCAACCCACAUGUGGCCACUCCACAGAGCACCCACCUACUCUGCACUGCGUCAUGGACACAUAUGUGUCCCUCGAGAAGGUUCUGCCUUCUCGUUCUCCCGACAACCCCCGUGGCCCUCAUCCUCUGUCCCUCCUUCAUCAUCUUGAAGAGGACUUUAGUGCUUCCUGCCCCAGAAUUGUGUCAUAAUAGGUGCAAAUGACUCACCCCAACUCUGGCCAGACACAGUUCAAAUGCAGAACAAGGGCUCCUGGGAGAAAUCACAGUUUACCUCCAGCCCCAAGCAAGUCUUCCAUAAGUGUCCAGACAACUUGCUAGACUAGGAAGGAGCAGGAGAGCCACCAUUUAACCCCACACCACGGGAUGCCUGUCCAGGGAAUGGGCCAGAAGUAGGAGGUGAGAGUGAGGCAAAAUCAAACAGAAGAUGGGCACAACCAGGCAGCUUCACAACAUGACAAGGAACCAGAUUUGUCUGGGGGAAGAUUGGGGGAAACCUUUUCCACAGUGACUUUUCAGACCACACUUACAGAUGGCUAGGUCUGCGGUGUGUGAAAAAAAGGCCAGAUAUAAGGUUUAAGGGCUCAGGAUUGCCACCUGCUGCCUUGAGCUGCCGCUGCCCCUGGUCCCCAGGAGGAAAGAGCCUCCAGACAGCAGGUCCUAGGUGUGGCACAACAGAGCUCCAAGUCAAAUUCAUCCUCCCUGGCCCAGGACUGCCCAGGAGGGCUUGUCAGGAGUAAAAUCUCAGCCCAGAAGGUUCCAAAUCUCCCUUAGAUUUAGACAUAAGUCUAUGUCUUAUUGGAGGGGAGGGUUUUUGAAAAAAAUUAGAAAGAAAAGAACUGUCCUUUAAGGCCCUUUCAUUGCACCGUCAGAAAGUAGCAGGCUCCCAUUGGAGACUCAUCUGCUCAGGGGACAGGCUGCUCCUGUCCAGCCUUUACAUUCACCAAACCAGCCCCCACAGACCCCAGACCCAGGCAGCACCAGCUCUUAAUCACGAUCAUCAGAUCCAUCAUUAGAUCAUCAGGCUAGAGGCACCUGGCAUGGUAUCCCCUUUCUAGAAUGCCAAAGGUAUGAGAUAGGGGAACCCUCCGGAGGAUGGGGCUGGGGGAUAGGCUGAGGCUGAGGGUAGGUUGCUAAGUGAGAGCUGAGACCCCUGAGGCCGGGCUGCCUCACCACAGCAUAGCCCAUGGUGGCCCCCCACCUGAGAACCCUCGUUUCUAAGGCUGCCAGUCCUACCUGAAGACAUCUGAGCCCACAGCUGGGCGCCCGCACACCCCAAGCUGCCCGUGAAUGACCAGCACUGGAGACUCUGGCCUUAUCAUGCGGGACUCAUUUCCCUGAAGUCUGGAACUGAUUUUGAGAAGUUUUUUUCUCAACACAUUUGUGUUUCUGACACUGUUGUUGACUGUGUAAAUACUGACCAGGCUGUAAAUACACGCAGAUGUAGAUACCUUCUAGAAAAAAAAAAAGGCAUUAAAAAAAAAAAAAACCCAAACCCUGAAAGUGACCCUGUGUAGCCUUCGUUGACAAAUAAAAGAAUAUUUUGUGUUUAAAA